GGUGGUGUAGUAGGCGCGUCUAGACACGCAUUAGACUGAACUAACCGUCAUUUACCAGAAGAACAUAGCAGACGUUGCAGUAGCGCCAGCCAUAAGAUACUUACACGAAAUAUUUCCACUUUCCCUUCCCUUCACUUCACUCUCUCUUCCAAUAUUCCACUAUUUAUUACUUAACUUAACCAAUUCAAUUCGUUUUGCUUGAUGAUUUUUCGUUCUUCAAAUCAACAACCUCAUUCGUCUCUUUUCGUUCUCCAUUUCUAACCCGAAAUGUGGCACCGCUUGUCAUCUUCGAAACUCAAAUUCAGAACUUCGGAUUUAGGGUUAGGGUUAGGGUUUCUUAAACGCUCGUUCUCAGCUGAAUCGGGGAAGAGGUUCGCUGCGCUGUGGGGUAACGGUGAUUACGGCAGAUUGGGUCUCGGCAAUUUGAACUCUCAAUGGACACCUGCUAUUUGUACCUCCUUCCAUAAUCAAAACCUUAAAGCCAUUGCUUGUGGCGGUGCUCAUACCCUCUUCUUAACAGACAAUGGAUGUGUUUAUGCUACUGGUCUCAACGAUUUUGGACAGCUUGGUAUAUCGGAGAGUAAACAAUACUCAGUUGUGCCACUUCAAGUUUUUGGCCACGAGAAGAAGGUUGUGCAUAUUUCUGCUGGCUAUAAUCAUUCCAGUGCAAUAACAGUGGAUGGAGAACUAUACAUGUGGGGAAAGAAUACAAAUGGGCAGCUUGGACUCGGAAAAAGGGCUCCCAACAUAGUUCCUUUGCCAACUAAAGUGGAAUACUUGGACGGAAUCACCAUUAAAAUGGCAGCUCUGGGUUCUGAGCACUCAAUGGCUAUUAGUGAUGGAGGAGAGGCCUUUAGUUGGGGAAUGGGAGUGUCUGGUAGACUUGGUCAUGGCCAUGAGUCAAGCAUACUAGGAUUCUUCAAAAGUUACAGUGAAUACACCCCAAGGCUUAUAAAGGAUCUUGAAGGAAUCAAGGUAAAAAAUGUAGCUGCUGGGAUGCUGACCUCGGCUUGUACUGAUGAAAAUGGUUCUGUGUUUAUAUUUGGAGAGAAAGGGGUUGACAAAUUGCUCUUGAAGGAGAUGAGUAAUGCAACAAAACCAUCAUUAAUCAGGGAACUUCCAUAUGCUGAAGAGGUUGCUUGUGGUGGCUAUCAUACCUGUGUCUUGACAAAUUUUGGUGAGCUUUAUACUUGGGGUUCAAAUGAAAAUGGUUGCCUUGGCAUAGGGUGCUCAUAUGCUAUUCAUCUACCUGAAAAGGUUCAAGGGCCAUUCUUGGAGUCUUCUGUUGUUCAGGUUUCUUGUGGUUGGAAGCAUACAGCAGCCAUUUCUGGGGGAAGAGUCUUCACAUGGGGUUGGGCAGGUUCUAAUGGAACUUUCUCUGAUGAUGGACAUUCUUCAGGUGGACAAUUGGGUCAUGGAACUGAUGUGGAUUGUAUAAAUCCUUCAAGAGUUUGCUUUGCAGAUGAUGUGAAAGCAUUGCAAGUUUCAUGUGGUUUCAAUCAUACAGGUGCUAUACUUGAGUAUGCAUAGGUUUGGCUACUCCGGGAUACAUAAUUAUCUGUAACUUAUAAAAGAAAAUCAGAAAAAAAGUAAUUCACACACCCCAUGUAUCAUCAAUAGAUAACUUAAGUGAGAGUGAGGCAUAUAUUAUCUGUUGUAUUUUAUUAUCAUUCUUUUCACAGGAAAACAAAACCACAAAUAUGUGCUAAAUAAAACUUCCUUGAUAUACAAAACUUCUGUAAAGAAAAAUGCUUCAAACAAGAAGUGUAUGCAAAUAAUGCUAUAAAAAGAAGAUAUAUUUUGUCUCUGUUA